AUGAAGUUGAUCCUCGUCGUUCUACUGCUGUUUUUUCUCGGAAUUUCAAAUUCACAAGUUUGUAACGACGAUUGCAGGGGAGUAGGAAUUGAUUAUCUCUGCGGAAAAACUGUCCGUAAUGGCAGCGAGAUUCGCUGUACUUACCGGAAUCCCUGCGAAAUGAAUCUGCAUGCCUGCCAAAAACGAGAAGAGUGGAAGAAAGAUUCAACAGGUCGAUGCACACGCAACUCCGAUGAAUGCAGACGGUAG